AUGAAACGAAUGAUAUCUACCGAAAAAGAAAAGAGAAGCCUUUUUCAUCGUGUUGUUUUAUUCUUUAAUUUGGAAACGUUUCGAAUGGAAGUGAAGGAACCUUCGCAUCACACUGUUGUAGGUGUAGGUGAUGUAUUUCAUGGUUUUCCGAUAAAAUUUUAUCCAUUUUUAUUUUCUCCGAAGCAAACAUUUGCUCAUAUAAUAGAAAGAUAUGGUUGA